AUGGAACAAGUUAGACGAUACACGUCAAAAGCUGAAGAUGUUCUUACUACAAUCUCUCAACCAUUGAAACCUCAUAUUCCUGUAAUUGCUCGUUUUCUCAUUGUGGUAACAUUUUUGGAAGACGCGUUUAGAAUAUUGUUUCAGUGGUCAGAGCAAAUAUUUUAUCUUGAAAGAAUUCGAGGAAUUCCGUGGGGAAUGUCACAAAUCUUCUUGGCGGGUAAUGUUAUUUUUAUGCUUGUAGGAUCUUUUUUUGUUAUUAGAAAAAAAUAUCCAGAAUAUGCGGUUGGAGGUCUUUUUAUGGUGGUGGUUGCUCAAUCGAUUGGAUAUGGUCUUUGGAAUGAAGUCAAUUUUUUAUUAAGAAGUCUUUCGGUAGUUGGUGGUUUAUUAAUGGUACUCUCCGACGCGUUUUCCAAAAAGAAAUCAGUUUUUGCUGAUUUACCACAAUUAUCCGAGAGAGAUCGUAAAACAUAUUUUCAAUUGGCUGGACGUGUUUUAUUGAUUUUCUUAUUCAUAGGUUUCAUUUUCCAUGGUGAAUAUUGGUCAGUUACUCGAGUUGUGGUUUCCUUGAUAGGUUUUGUGGCUUGUUUAAUGGUGGUAGUCGGUUUAAAGACCAAAUGGUCUGCAAUAUUUUUAGUUCUUUUCUUGUCAAUUUUCAAUUUACUUAUUAAUAAUUUCUGGUCGGUUCAUCACGCAAAUCCACAACGAGACUUUUUGAAAUAUGAUUUCUUUCAAACUCUUAGUAUUGUCGGAGGAUUAUUGUUAUUGGUAAAUAUGGGUCCAGGUGGAAUUUCCAUUGAUGAGAAGAAGAAAGAAUAUUAA